AUGUCUAGCCAAACUUCCGAAAUUGUUUUGAGAGGCUCUAAAAUCUCUUGCCUAAAGAAUAUCUCAUCUCUCCGACCUUCCUCUGCCAAGUCCGCGAAAUCCAAAAGAAUCGCGGCCUCUCGCAUUCGUAGCUACCUCCAAGGCCCGUAUGCCUCUGUACCAUACGCAACAAUUGUCAAGAAUCCUCAAGCUAGUGUUCAUAAACAGUUCAACAGAGUGGCAGCCGCCGGAUAUAGAAUGGGUGCUAUGCUGGAGGAAUUCGAUAAGGCUUUUGAUGGUAAUAACAGUGGGGGGUAA